ACUUUGAGCGGGGUCGAAUUGUCGGGUUGCGUGAAGCCGGUCUAUCGAUAAAGCCGGGCUUACACGGGUCAAGUAAACGGUUAAGUUGAGCAGUACAGUCAAGUAUUUUUUUCUACUUGCAUCGUCUAAACAACUUCGGUCAAGUAAAGUAGCGACUUGCGUCAAGUGACGAGGCAUGUCAAGUGGUUCGGCACGGUGAACAAGUGACUUACUUGACUGCUACCCCCACUUCACUGGAUCGCCAACUUGACCGUCUACUUUACUAAUGUAAACAGAAAAAGCAAGAGUAAAUAAGUUUUUGCGCAUGGAUUGUGGAUUUGUACUGUGUGUUUCUUCUGCUUUUUUACCCAUUUUGAUCACAGAUAAGCAAAUAAUUUUGGUGAUUUUGAUGUACUACAAAUUGUGAAUUAAGGUGGAACUUGUACAAGAUGAAGUGGUCAUAAGAAGAAACCAUGCAUUUUGUUGAGCUCUAUAGUGAAAAAGAGUGUUUAUGGAUAAAGAGUAGUGUAAAUUAUCGUAAUAAAAACAUGCGAAAAGCAGCUGAAGAGGACAUCGUGAACAGGAUGUAAAAGCAAGGUUUUGGGGUGGCAGAAUUAAAGCAAAGAAUAAAGAAAAUGAGAAAAACCUAUAACCAGGAAGCGUUGAAGGUUAAAAAGUCUAAGAAAUCAGGAGUUAAACCGGAUGAUAUAUACGUUCCAACUGUCAAGUGGUUCCGACAAAUGGAAGAAAUAAUGGAUAGCUGCACAGCUGAGAAUGAAAUGAAAAGCAUAGAGACACAAAUCGCUCCACCUAGCGAAAAUAAACAAGGUCUACUAGAAGAACAAGUCAUUGAAGAACCGUCUCCAAAUCUCUCGCAGACUCCUAUAAGACCUUCGACCAGCAAAACGUGCUCCCGAGUAGAAUCGACUGGUAAAAUAGGUUCGCGAGUAGAAGCAGGAUCAAAAAAUAAAAAAGUACGGAUACAAGCACAAACCGCAGCUAUUGCAGAGGUCCAAAAGUCCAGGAAACAAUAACUUCUGAAUCCAUCAGUGACCAUGAAGUUCAUUGCAGCCAGUUUAAAUAAACUGCCCCCUGCUGAUUCAAUCAUGGCGCAAGGUGAAAUUCAAAGAGUAAUACAAAAAAACGAUUGAAUGCGUUAAAUAAGAGCAGUUCUGUUUCUGAGGCUUCCGCAUUAACUGCAAUUCAAUCACCAACCCUUUCUUGGGAUUCACCUCCUGUAUACAGCACUAAUUACCCGGUCAUGAACGAGGACACAGUUGCAAAUGAUGAUGCUGCUAUAGGAGAUAUUAUAUCGCAAGCAUUGAACUUGACAAACUAAAUGUUACAUUUGAAUUUGUUUGUUUUUUGUUAAGAAGCCUAAAUAAAAUUUUAAAAAUGUUCUAUUAUUAUCUAUUCACAUACCUGUACGAAAUCCUUUAAGCAGUCAUUCACAGUUUCACAAACAAUGGGAAUCAUGAUAGAUAUCGCUGAUUUAUAAACUCGGAAGAGAUGAGAAAGGGUUCUGCAAUUAUUACCAGUUGCUAGGUUAUUCAAGGUUACUUCCAACAUUGUUUCUGGUUUGAUAGCGUCUCACAUAAUAGUGUCCUCUUGUUG